AUGUUCUCCUCGCGGAAACAAGAGGCCUACCCGGCCGUUCCCGACUCCCUGAGGUCGGACUCGCUCGAGAUGGCGGAGCUUAGAAAGACCCAACAGGCUCGAGCCGACACCUCACCCUACAUCACGCCCUAUCUCGGCCUCAGCGCCAGACUGUCGCAGAUCUGGAUCAACCGCUGGACCAUCCUCCUCCUGCUCGUCCUCGCCAGGAUCAUCAUCCUCAUCGCCAGCUUGAACGACAACGUCGACGAGGCCAACGCCAAGGCACUCUCUGCCUGUACAAAGGUGGAAGACAUCGGCAGCGCCAUGGCCUCUAUGCCUCACUACCUCUCCGUCGGUGUCAACGAGCUCUCCGCCAAGGGCAUCGAGAAGACGAUGGACGGCAUGGUCGCUGUUCUCGGUCUGGUCAUUACCGGCGUCCAGAACCUCAUCAUUUUUGUCAUCAACAUGAUGACUUCCAUGUACACCUGUCUCAUCACGGCUUUCAUCCACGGCGGUCUCGACGUUGCCUCCGAUGUCACCAAGAAGGUCACCGACGCCAUGAACAAGGCCGUGGGCGCUAUUACCGAUACCAUCGACGACAAGGCCAAGAGCUUGCAGGACGGCAUUAACAAGGCCGCCGACGCUAUCGAAGACUCUAUCCUCGGCAAGGUUCUUCCCGACUUCCCCAAGGUGGACUUUACGGGCCCCGUUAGCGAACUGCGCGACGUCAAGAUCGACACCAGCGGCUUCGUCGGCGACCUCAACAAGCUCAACGACGACCUUCCCACUUUCGAGGAGGUCCAGAACAUGACUGCUCAAGCGAUCUCGUUCCCCUUCAACUUGCUGAAGCAGACCAUCAACGAGGCCUACCAGGGCUACAAGUUCGAUCGCUCCAUCUUCCCUGUCGCUCAGAAGCAAGCACUCAAGUUUUGUUCAACCAACAACAACAUUUCUGAGUUCUUCACCAACCUGAGAGAGAAGAUCACCAAGGCCCGGAUUAUCUUCAUCGUCGUGCUUUCCGUCUUGGCUAUCCUCGUCAUUGCCCCCAUGGCAUGGUUCGAGAUCAUGCGCUGGAGACGCGAGCGCAAACACGCCCAGAUCAUUUCUAACGGCCAGUACGACUCGUUAGACGUUGUCUACAUUGCUUCUCGCCCAGUGACUGCGAGCUACGGCAUUAAGAUUGCUUCUCACUUCAAGGGCAAGCGCCAAAUCAUGGUCCGCUGGGCCAUUGCCUACGCCACAUCUCUCCCGGCCCUCUUCGUUCUGGCUCUUGCUAUUGCCGGCUUCUUCUCCUGCCUCUGCCAGUACAUUAUCCUUAAGGCGGUCGAGAGAGAAGUGCCUGCCCUUGCUAACCAGGUCGGAAACUUUGCUGGAGAGGUCGUCACCACUCUCGAGGGCGUCUCGAAGGAAUGGGCCGACGAUGUCAACGGUGUCGUGCUCAACACGCAGAACGAGAUCAACCACGAUUUGCUCGGAUACGUCACGAACGCGACUUCGGCUGUCAAUGACACUCUGAACACGUUCACGAGCACCAUGACGACCGGUCUCGAGACUGUUUUCAACGGCACGAUCCUCAUCAACCCUAUCAAGGACGUUGUCCGCUGCACCAUCGGUCUCAAGGUCGAGGCUGUCCAGAAGGGACUCACCUGGGUGCACGACCACUCGCAAAUCUCGUUUCCCACGUUCGCCAACGACACCUUCAGCCUCGGCGCUCAGGAGUCCGUCUCAGGCGACUCGGAUCUCAACACUUUCCUGGCCUCACCAUCGUCUGUGACCACCGACGAAGUCACUGGCGCCGUUACUCAUGUCACCAACUGGCUGGAGCGAGGAAUCAUUCAAGAAGCGCUCAUCUCUACCGGCAUACUCCUCGUCUACGUCAUCAUCGUCCUCAUCGGCGUCAUUCGCGCGCUCGUUGGCAUGGCCAUGCCGGACAAGGGACGCGCCGAGGGUGGACUGAAGUACACCGGAGAUGACCGUCCCCCGAUGACUCCGAGAAGCCCUCCCAGAUCGCACGGCAACGAUUCGAGAUUCCCGCAGUUUGGCAGCGAUGCUUCCGCGGUGGAAGAUGAUCACCACCCCAGAGACUUCCGAGACGAGAAGACAGUCAAGAAGACCAGCAUGGGCCGUGCACAGCCCAUGGAGGGACACGAGAGAGCAAGCUCGUACGGCCACUUCGACACGGCGUCAUCUACGAAGUUCUAA